AUGAUGGCACGGCGGGGUAAGACGGCGGCGCGGACGCUGGAAGACCUGACGCUGGACUCCGGCUAUGGUGGAGCGGCGGACUCGGUGCGCUCCUCCAACUUGUCGCUGUGCUGCUCGGAUUCGCACCCCACGUACCCCUAUGGAGGAAGCUGCCGGCCGCACCUAACUGACUCCAUGCACAGUCGCCACAACAGCUUCGACACCGUCAACACCGUCCUAGCGGAAGAUUCCGAGGUGCUGGACUGCGCGGGGCAGCACUGCUCCCGGCUCCUGCCCGACCUUGAGGAGGUCCCCUGGAGCCUGGAGGAGGUGGAGGCGCUGCUGCAGCCGCCGCAGCCGCGCCGGGAUCCGCGGGCGCCGGGCGGCGGCGGCGGCGCGGCGGGGCGGGAUGCGGCGGCGCGGCUGUCCACGCUGGUGAGCCGCGCUCUGGUGCGCAUCGCCCGCGAGGCUCAGCGCCUCAGCCUGCGCUUCGCCAAGUGCACCAAGCACGAGGUGCGCAGCGCCAUGGAGAUCGUGCUGGGCUGGACGCUGGCCGCCCGCUGCACGGCGGCCGCUCUGGGAGCCCUCUCGCUCUACAACAUGAGCGGCAGCGGAGGGGACCGCUUCAGCCGCGGCAAGUCGGCGCGCUGCGGGCUGGCCUUCUCCGUCGGCAAGUUCUACCGCUGGAUGGUGGACAGCCGCGUGGCCCUGCGCAUCCACGAGCACGCCGCCAUCUACCUGACGGCCGGCACCGAGAGCCUCUUCCGCGACAUCCACGCUCGGGUGCUGGCCGGGACCGGGCCCUCCGCCCCGCUGCCGCCGCCCGGCCGUACCACCCCCGCUGCGGCCGCCGGCCCGGCCGAGAGGGAGAAGGAGGGCGCCGAGGGGCCGCGCUUCACGCUGGAGGCUCUGGAGCAGACGGUCAACAACGACCCCGAGCUGUGGGGGCUGCUGCAGCCCUACCAGCACCUCAUCUGCGGGAAGAACGCCAGCGGUGUUCUCUGCUUGCCGGACAGCUUGAACCUUCACAAAGACCAGCAACGGUCAAACAAGCCUGGGGAAGUGCAGAUGUUCAGCCAGUCUGAGCUAAGGACCAUCGAGCAGUCUUUACUGGCUACACGUGUGGGGAGCAUUGCCGAGCUCAGUGACCUCGUAUCCCGAGCCAUGCACCACCUCCAGCCACUGAAUGCCAAGCAGCACGGGAAUGGCACACCAAUGCACCAGAAGCAGGGAUCACUCUACUGGGAGCCGGAGGCUUUGUACACCCUCUGCUACUUCAUGCACUGCCCACAGAUGGAGUGGGAAAACCCGAACGUGGAGCCAUCAAAAGUCACGCUGCAGACUGAGAGGCCGUUCAUCGUGCUGCCGCCCCUGAUGGAGUGGAUUCGGGUUGCCGUCGCUCACGCGGGGCACCGUCGCAGCUUCUCGGUGGACAGUGAUGACGUACGGCAGGCAGCCAGGCUUCUGCUGCCCGGAGUUGACUGUGAACCUCGACAGCUCAAGAUCGACGACUGUUUUUGUGCAUCUCGCAAACUGGAUGCAGUUGCCACUGAAGCAAAGUUCAAGCAGGACCUGGGCUUCCGGAUGCUCAACUGUGGCCGAACGGAUCUGGUGAAACAGGCCAUAGCCUUGCUAGGGCCGGAUGGGAUUAACAGCAUGAGUGAACAGGGCAUGACUCCACUGAUGUAUGCUUGUGUCAGGGGUGAUGAGGCUAUGGUGCAGAUGCUGCUAGAUGCUGGAGCAGAUCUGAAUGCUGAGGUUGUCAGUACUGCUCAUAAAUACCCAUCCGUCCACCCUGAGACCCGCCAUUGGACAGCUCUGACAUUUGCUGUGUUGCAUGGACAUAUUCCUGUAGUUCAGUUGUUGUUGGAUGCUGGAGCAAAAGUAGAAGGUUCCUUGGAGCAUGGAGAGGAAAACUACUCUGAAACUCCUUUACAGUUAGCAGCAGCUGCCGGAAAUUUCGAACUGGUCAGUUUGCUGUUGGAGCGAGGAGCUGACCCUAUGAUAGGAACAAUGUACAGGAAUGGCAUUUCCAUGACUCCACAAGGUGACAUGAACUCUUUCAGUCAGGCUGCUGCGCAUGGACACAGGAAUGUCUUCCGUAAGCUACUUGCUCAGCCAGAGAAGGAGAAGAGUGAUAUCCUGUCGCUGGAGGAGAUACUGGCCGAGGGGACAGACUUACCUGACUCUGCAGCAGCUCCGCUUUGUGCCAGCCGCAACAGCAAGGCCAAACUGAAAGCCCUGAAGGAGGCCAUGUACCACAGUGCUGAGCAUGGAUAUGUGGAUGUGACCAUUGACAUACGGAGUAUAGGUGUUCCCUGGACACUGCACACAUGGCUGGAGUCCUUGCGAACAUCCUUCCAGCAGCACAGACGACCCCUCAUCCAGUGCUUACUGAAGGAAUUCAAGUCCAUUCAAGAGGAAGAGUACACAGAAGAGCUCAUCACACAGGGGUUGCCUCUGAUGUUUGAGAUACUAAAAGCCAGCAAGAACGAAGUGAUAAGUCAGCAGCUAUCCGUCAUUUUCACUCAUUGCUACGGACCCUACCCCAUUCCAAAGCUUGUGGAAAUUAAGCGCAAGCAGACCUCUCGCUUAGAUCCCCAUUUUCUUAACAACAAAGAGAUGUCAGAUGUUACAUUUCUGGUGGAAGGAAGACCAUUUUAUGCACAUAGAGUGCUGCUAUUUACUGCAUCACCACGGUUUAAAGCAUUGCUGUCUAGCAAGCCCUCAACUGAUAGUACUUGUAUUGAGAUCAACUAUGUGAAGUACCCCAUCUUUCAGUUGGUUAUGCAGUAUCUUUAUUAUGGAGGUGCAGAGUCACUCUUGAUUAAAAACAAUGAAAUUAUGGAGCUUCUCUCUGCUGCUAAAUUUUUCCAGCUUGAAGCUUUACAACGACACUGUGAGAUCAUUUGUGCAAAAAGCAUUAAUACAGAAAACUGCGUGGAUAUUUAUAAUCAUGCCAAGUUUCUCGGAGUCACAGAACUAUCUUCCUAUUGCGAAGGCUACUUUCUAAAAAAUAUGAUGGUCCUCAUUGAAAACGAAGCUUUCAAGCAGCUGUUGUAUGACAAGAACGGAGAAACGUCUGGUCAGAAUGUACUACAGGACUUACAGAGGACGUUGGCCACAAGGAUUCAGUCAAUCCAUUUAUCUUCUUCAAAGGGCUCCAUUGUAUAAAGCUGAGGAAGACGGUAACGCUCUAAUAAAGACCCUGCAAGUUAAGUCUCCUGUUGCAGUUGCUUAAAUGAAUACACACAAAAUAGAUUCUACUUCACAUCCAAAUAGUUCCGUGUUGGCCAAAGGUGCUGCGCUGAGGCUUCCGCCUCAUUUGGAUGAGGGAAUAUGGAAAACAUAGCUCCUGUAUGCAUCUGAGCAACAGGCCUACCAGAGCGUCCAGUGCAUCGGUGUUGUACCCAAAUUCUGAACACGAAAGUGUAGUCGUGGAGCUAGAUGCCAACAAAAGCCAGAACUCACAUCAGUGAACAGCAGCAGCCCCUGCCUGAGCGGUGGUGCCAUGGAACACCUGAAUUGACCAAUUACACAUUUAAGGCAAAUGUUCCAUCGUUUCACAUUUAAGAACUAUAUCUAUCCCGGAGUCCAUUAUACACUUAAAAAAUGUAGGAACUGUUGUUGCUGUUGAGCAAAGAUGGAUUGUGUUAAGAGAGUGGGUAAGACUGUUACAACUGAGGAAAUAUACAUACUGGCAGAUUUUUAGGGGUGGGAUCUUUUUAAAUUGUUCAUAAAAAUAAUGGGGUGGCCUUGUAGUUUAAAAACUAUUUCUUAAGCUUAAAAUUUCAUUUUCAACAGUUGUGUUUGAGAAUCUAUGUAACAUGUUUUGUUUUUUAAAUGGUUAAAAUGUACAUUGUGUAAACACACAUAUGAUCGAGUUUUGCUUGUAUUCUUUCCUAAAGUGGUAUAAUCUUGCCUACAGGCUAUGGUUACACCAAAGAGGUGCAUUACCCAGGAUAUCUCUAAUACAGUAGUCGG